GUCUCUGCUUGUCCUCCUCACAUCCAGGGUCGCAAGAUACCCUUUGGUUUGAUGUUUGACAUUGAUGGAGUCCUGGUGCGAGGAAAGAAGGUCCUAUCCUAUGCCCUUGAGGCAUUCAGUCUUCUUGUUGACUCAAACAAGAAUUUCUUGGUCCCAACAGUCUUUGUGACUAAUGCUGGAAAUACCUUAAGGCAUCAAAAGGCAGAAUCUCUCUCUUCGUGGCUCAAUGUACCGAUCAAUGCAGAUCAAGUCAUCAUGUCACACUCUCCACUGCGUCUGUAUCGAGAAUUCCACAAUAAAAAGGUACUCAUAACUGGACAAGGUCCUGUCAAAGAGGUUGCUGCAAAUGUUGGCUUCAACAAUGUGGUGACUGUUGAUGACCUGAGGAGCUCCUUCCCAUUACUGGAUGCUGUGGACCAACGCAGAAGAAUUCGUGCGCCAUGCAACUUUGGGGAAUAUUAUACCCCAAUUGAAGGAGUUGUACUCUUUGGAGAUCCUGUGAGGUGGGAGACUUGUCUUCAACUCAUCAUAGACAUUCUGAUGACUGAUGGAAAGCCAUACAAGGGUCUCAAGUCUAUCCCAUAUCCCCAUUUGCCUAUCAUAGCAUGCAAUAUGGAUCUCCAUUGGAUGGCUGAAGCCCCACUGCCAAGAUUUGGGCAUGGGGCUUUUAUGGUAUGCCUGGAAAGUUUAUACAAGAAAAUCACAGGGAAGGAUCUUAUCUACACUGCUCUUGUGGGAAAACCAAGUGAAGUAACUUUCCAUUAUGCUGCAAAAAUGGUGACUCGACAAGCUGAGAGAAUUGGAGUCCUUCCCAAAGGAGGCAUUCAACGGCUAUAUGUCAUUGGGGACAACGUCAACACUGAUGUUUUUGGAGGAAAUCUAUACAAUCAAUAUGUGAUGAAUGUCAAAACCCAGGGAAACAAUGGGUAUGAACAGCCUGGGCUGGAAGUGGAGGAUUUUCAACUCCCUGAUCAUUGCUACAGUAUCCUUGUUGAGACUGGUGUAUAUGGUGAUCAUAGUGUGGAUUCUCAUUCCCAUUCCCCACGGGAUUUUGUCACUUUGUCAGAGAGACUCCGAAAACCAUCUUUCAUUACUGAAAAUGUCCUCAGGGCUGUGGAGCUGGUCCUCCAUCGGGAAUGCCUUGAUUUGGGCAUUUCCAUGCGUUCUAAUGUUGACUGCUGUUCAUGAGCCACAUGCUGUGGGUAGUGAGUUGCAGAAACCAUCCUAAUUUCCUUUAGUUUCCAGUGAAAAUCAUAUAAGCAUGAAUAGUGCAGUUUUUCAAAAGCAACAUAGUAGCUGAUGUUAAUAAAAUAUGCAAAGCAUCCAAUUGGCUAAAAUUCCUGGCCAAUCAGUAUCCAGUGUGCUUGUUUCAGUUCCUAAAAUUUAUUGGGUCAACUACUGGCAUUUCUGUCAAUGUAGACUACAAAGUCAGAAUCCUCAAUGCAUGCAUGAUUUUGUGCCAUAUUUUGUGUUUGGUUUUGGCUGGAUUCGUAAAAUGAUGAGAUUGUGGUUCUGGAAAUGAAAGGCAAUUAGGAUUUGCAUAUUGGUAGACAUCCCAUCUGAGGUUUUAGAAAUUUUGACCAACGGAGAGGGAAGUGUUAGUAGGGAAGCCAUGUGAAAGCUUAGUAAACAGCACCAGGAAGCACCAAGCAGGCAUUUGUUGGACACUUUUCAUCAAUUCUUUGGAGAGGUAAUCUUAAGGUAAAGUAGGUUUUGGUGCUAACUGUCCUUUGUGCAUACUCUGGGAAUCUUGUUCAGCAUUCAUGUCCUCCUUGACUCCUAAACUUGAGAUCUCACUAGCUUUAUUAAUUGUCAUUGGUUGAUCAAGUGCAAUUGGUAGAUGUGAUAUGAUUAAAUAACUUUCAGAAAUGAGGUAGACUGAAAUGUAAAUUUAUUUUUGUCUACCAUUUUUUAAAUUCCAAAAACUCAUCAAUUCUUUUGAAUUUCUA